UCCACAAAAUCUCAAAGAGGCUGUUUAAAUUGUUCCCAUGACAACUUAAAAGAAGACAAAUGAAAAUUCAACGUGCUCCCAUUGAGCAUGGCUGUUUCCAUAGCAACGGGAAGUCGGACUGGUUGAGAUGGGAUGAGUAAGAGACAUGGGCUACUAGUGUGUGUGUGUGUAUGAAAAGAGACCGAGUAACUGAUAGUGCAUGUUGAAGGAUGUCUGGUUUUUCACUUCUGAUUUCUGUUUCUCUAAACACCUCACACACAUUGUAUCCCCCACACACCCCCUGACGGGGACGCAGCCCUCCUUGCCAUCGCACCAUUUCAGUCUGUGUCUCUUCACGCCUCCUCCCCCUUCUACUGUGGAUUUUACUCUGAAUCCGAGCCUGUGGUGUGUAAUCAGAUGGCAGCAGCUGAUAAUCCAACGGCACUCCCACUCGGUCCUGUUCACAUGGACCAAAGAGAGAGAGAGGAGAGGAGAGAAGCUGGCUGGGCUGUGGGGAAGGAGGCGAGAGGAGGAAGUGGGAGUAACUUCACAAUGGAGGAAGGAAAACGCCCAACAUCUGAAAUCUACCCUCCAAGCAUCAGCCUUGGAUCUGUAGAUGCUGAAACGCUGGACGACCAUGAACUGCCCAUCAUUUCUUUAUCCAAAAGCUCCACAGAAAUGGUGCACGAAUCUGCUCAACGCAUGGAGGUGCCAUGGUGCCGACAGCAUUUAGGGAAAAGUGUCAGCAACACAGACUGCAAUGUUAGACCAGCUAGCCUGGGUGGGCCGAUGGUCCCUAUGACCUUGUGUGACUACGAACAGGGAAGCAUGUGCAGUAGAAACAGCACCACAGAGACUGUUAUCUGGCAUGGAGGAACUGCAAGACCCUGGAGCAUCACGGAGGGCUCACCUAGAAGGACGUCAUCUCAAUGUCUGCUCCAAGAUCCGAGAGUGCCGUGCUCACCUUCCACAAACAGGGUGAAGGGUCUGGCGACCAGGGAGGGAUGUUGUGGACCUCCUGAGAACUUGACAGGAUGCAGUUGCUGCAGAAUGACUUGUCGGUUGGGUUCUUCGUCUAUCAGCAAUAGCUUCACGCAACAGGUAGCGAAUACACUGGGCCAAGCUCAGAGGAACUGUGAAAUCCAACAUCUAAGUGCAUGCCCCAGGUGUGCCUGUGCCGGACAGGCGAUGAACCCUGGCUGUCUGAGGAACGCUUGCAACAUUGUUCCCUGUCCUGGACAUUUGAUUGCACAGCCAGCUUGCACGGGAAGUCCAUGUCCAGGUCAAAGGUCACUGCUCCAUUCCGGCUUGCUCGGAUUUCAACCUCUUGUAUCCUCAGUCAGCGAGACCAGACUGGACAGCCGGAUCUCCGGGCACUGCUGCAGAUCUGAAUUAAGAGGACAGAACGCAUCCUGCCUCAGAAUCGACCGGACAGACCUGCAGACUAGUCUUAAUAGGGUGGUGAAAGAUGCCACCACCAUGACGUCAAACCAUGAACUCAAAGACAUUGGCGUGCAGACCUUGUCCUUUGUUACCUCGCUUUCCCACGUGUUCCCUGAAAUCAGUUUAAGGGCAGAUCCUACCUCGGACGUGUAUCAGACCACGGAGCACACGUGUCAGAGGACCCCCGUGAAGGAGGUGGAAUGGGACGCUGAGGGUAUGACAUGGGAGGUAUAUGGUGCGUCUGUGGACCCUGAAGAACUUGGUCUGGCGAUCCAGAGGCAUUUGGAGCUUCAGAUCAAAGAGACGGCAGCUGCCGCGGCUGCUCAAAGGGAAGACUCCACAGAUACUGUCAGCAGCCUGGCGCUCCAGGAGAGGCGACGCAAGAAGAGUGAAGGGAUUAUAAGUUCUUUGCGCAGUUCGGUUUGUUGCUCUAACCCUAAUACUGUAGGAGACUGAGGCUGGGCUGGUGAUGUUCAAAGCCGUGUUGCAAGCUAGCGGAGCGUAAAGCUACCAUUUAAAGUUUACAGAUUGUGGUGUGUACUUAAUGUACCUUCCAAUAUGGCCUUGUUCUUGUCCUGACCUCCUAUUAGAUCCCUUUUUUGUGCAAAAUAUACCUAUUUGAUGAAUGCUGAAUGUUAGCCUUCUUUAAUUAACAGGCGAAGAAUGUUUGGAUUCUGCUUGUUAGAUUCACAGAAAUGUUCUGCUAACAGCAGAUUACUAAACUUUACCCAAGAAACAUUAUAGGUCGCCUGAGCCACUGCAUUACCGGACGUAUGAUUUUACGAAACUUGGGAAAUAUUGCACACAAAAAUGGUCAGAGAUGGCCGAUGUCAAUGGCUGUACUGGAAAUUCUUUCUAAGGUUGACAGAGAUUGGUGUGUCUCAUUCAUUAGCAAGUAAACUGGAUCUCUAAAACUUGUAUAUUCUGCAUUAUGCCUGAAAUAAUCAGGUACUGAAUUGAAUAAUCAGUUUGUUUUGCUUUGCUUGUCACUUCACAUGUUUGUCAAAUAGUCUCCUCCUGCUAAGCGGUUGGCCAAAAUAAAUCCCAAUGAGGAUCAUAUUGCAGGUCUACCCCAAUUUAAUGAGAGCCCGAAAAGCUCCCUGGAGCAAUAUCUGAGAGUUAGUAAGUCAAUCCACUUGGAGGGUUGUGACGUAGGAAAUACCUUUUCUGGGUCGAAGCCUCUAAUCAUUUCAAGUGGGUCUACUACUGUAGCCACCAUUUAGAUAGUAAGACUAUAUAUUCAUAUCACACCUUUAAUCAAAACCUUUAUUAACUCCAAAGUCUCCAGGCUAGGAAUAUUUUAAUAAUUCAUAGAAAAUGAAUCGCUGUCUGACCAUCUGGGGUUUCAUUAUAGAGCUAAAGGUUAGGUAGUUUUAGACCAGAAGUGUAUAUUAGCGUUUUUGUUGUUUGCCCAUGGCUUUUGAUAGAGUGCAUGGACCUGGAAGCCAUGUGUGACGUCUGACUAAACAAACAGAUUUUGAUCUUCAAUACACUACUAUAAUACACUACUACCGUAUAAGAAAUUCUUUGUGCAGAUGCUUCUAUAUUAGCAUAUAUAUUAAUUUAAUAACUAUCAGGUUUUUUUGGUUGUUGCUGAUGUAAAAAAUAGAUCUAAAAGUCUUACCCUCUGCCGGAUUGGUUAGGCAAUGAUUUUGCCGGUGGGUCAGUGUGGGCUCAGAGCCAGAAUCAAUAGACAUAGCUAAAAAUAUGAAUGCUGGAGAGGUUUGUGGGUGUGAAAAGCUGGGUUCUUAUCAGACCUGUUCGAUCAUCAUCAACAAAUAUAGACUCAAGGUCAGUGUUUCUGUUCUUCUGUGCUACAAUAUAAACUAGCUAAUCCCCAGUGCUAGUCCGAUGCUCAGGGACAAUCUCAAUUAAAAAUGAAAACACGCAAAAACAUAGAUACACACUUGGGUUUUGGUUGCAAAAUCUGACAGAAACUCAAAUUCAAUUUGAGAAUUGAAUUGUUCAGAAGCGUUGUAUAGGCAAACAUUAUUUUGUCCACUUUUAAAUAUACAUAUUUGUAAAGCUACAUUUUCGUGUUCAACCAUAUUUUUGUAAUGUAAUAUUACAGCGUUCAUGAUACAGUUAUUAAAAUGCCUCAUAUCUGUGUAAGAUUUUCACUUUAUUUAGGAUAACAUAUGCUGUGUGCUAUAUCAGAACUAUAUCAUAUACAGUAUCAAUUUUUUUGGUAAAAGGUCGUAAUCCAAGCGUCUGUCCAUUUGUUCGUUAUGUUCAUUAAUAGCCUGAAAAAAUUGUUGUUAUGUAAUUACAUUUCUGACCAAAUUAACAUUAUGUGCUGCAUAACUUUCAUUUGAUUUUCUUUGCCAAAGCAUCAGAUUUUCUUUUGGACCAGAACAUUGUGAUUUAACAUCAGAGAGACAUUACUGGAUCAACACAGUAAGAUGAAAAAGCUUUUUAUAGGCUUUCUACAGCAAAAACUAUACUAAUGUGUUUU